AUGACUAGGCACGACUCUCGACCGCGAUCACCAGCCUUGCGCACAGCUCUCACAACAGAACACCAACAUCCACGCUUCGCGAUGAGCGGGAAUGGAAUGCUAUACGGUACCUGGGCGGAAAUUAAAUCAGUGGUCGAAGAUAGAUACCAUGCAUGCACGAGCGGAGAGACAGAAACGGCAUGCCAUUGCCUGAAACGUCCCUGGUUUGAAACUCCAUCGCCUCGAGCACAUCGCGUGUCAGACCUUACCACCGUGGCAGCUGGCCAGACGAUCGUGAAGCUUAACCACCACCAAAACUGCCUAUCGCGGGCCUGUCGAUCAUGGAUCGUACGCCACCAUCCUGUGAGAAACCUUGAUGACUAG